ACACCGCUCUCCUCUCCUUCAGGUUUUAGUAAAGGUGAUGGGCUUGAAGGAGGACCCUGAGGAGUACGUCCAGGAUACUGCUGACGACGAGGAGGACGAGCUCACGGGCCUCCUGGAUACGGUGGGCGAGGACCCGGCGGACCCGGAUGCCGUGGCCUUCCUCCUGCCCCUCCGAGGACGCGUCGGCGGCCUAGGAAUCAAGUACGGGCGGAGGAUGAAGCAGCUCAUCGAGCAGCUAUCUGCAGAGGGCGAGGACACUGCGAGCGAGGACACUGCGGGCAUCAGUUCGGUGCUUGUCAGGGACUCGCAGGCGGACGCGGACAUUGCAAGGAAACUUACAAGUCAUUUUUAUGAGGUCCAUGGCACAACGCGUUACUUCGGCUACCUUUCUGACGACGAAGCCCUGGAAGUAGCUCACUGGGCGCGCUCGAAGGCCCCAGGUACACGAUUUGUGACCCCGACGGCCACCACCACCUACCUGCAGAGUGCCAAGAACAUCGCCAGCGUGCAGCCCACGGCGCAGAUGUUGGCGGCGGCGGUGGCGGACCUCCUCCUCUCGCUGCAGGUGCCGAAGCCCAUCAUUGUGGCUCAGGCGUCGCUGCACACCGAUUCCUUCAUCGCACUCCUCCGUUCUUCCGGGGUCAAACCCGCACACAUGUUGCACUACUUUGCGAACACCAACGUUACGCGGCUGGUGCAGCGCCUCAGCGACAAGCUUGCGGGCACCCCCGUGCCCAUCCUCCUGCUGGGGGAUUCCAAGAGCGUGUCGCUGGUGGAGCAGGCGGACCUUCUCUUCCCAGCCACGUGGAUCCUGCCCUUCCCCACCCAGUUCGACGACAAGAUUAUAAUGAGACAAUCGGAGUUGUUGACCUUCAUAUACAGGGCAUUCGAUGAUAAACCGGGAAGUUUCCUGAAGGAAGAAAGCAUGCUAGAUCCUACAGAGUCGAUCAUAUCGGCAGCGAAGGACCUCCUGACGGGGAAACGGCGCAACUGGUACGGCUCCUACGUGGUCGCAACCUCCGUGCCCGCCUCCAGUGCCAAGAAGAACGUGAGAGUGUUCGGCUCUACAGACGGCUGGCAUCCGCUGAUCCAGUACGACCUCAUGAAGACCACAUUGAAGAGGCGCGUGUACCAGCAGCUUGUGAUCACCCCUGAGCUAGUGAAGCCCCUGGCGUCUGGGAAUAACUGUAGGCUGAUUCUGACGUACCUGGAGGAGCUGACGGGCAGGAAGAAAGUGGAAGAAAUCUUCCUGAUGGGCGCCUUUCCUGCCGUGAUCAUACCAACCGACCGCGGAGCGCAGGUGCACGUAGACUGCCCUCAGCAGCACGCUGACCUCCGGUGCACAGCGCAGAAGGACGCUUGGGAGCCGGUGAAGUGCCAGGGGACGCUGCAGGGCCAGCAUCAGUACAUGUCCUCUUGCGGAAGCGACGUAAGCGUCACCAUUCCGACGUCGAAGGGCUGCCUCGUCAGCAAGAGCCUGGAGUGCCACGCCCCGUCCUCAGUGGGCUGCCUGUUCUCCGAUCUGUGUUCGUCGGUCACGCACGUGAAGCCCCUCACCGACUGCAUAGGGAAGCAUUUCGACCAAGACUCGUGAUUCCACGCCUCGCAACGGCUGUAUCGGAAGGGAAUUAAACUGCUUUUAUUCGGUCUUUACUCUACCAACUGAAGUGUUUUAAUUUUUCCUUAAUUAUAAGCGUAUUCGAAGUCAGGUACAGUUGCGGAAAUAAGUUCCUGUAUCCCAUUUGGGAAGCCUACCCACGAGCGGCAAGUUCCCAUUAAUACAACUAUUUGUGAAUGAAUGAUGUGCGACUUGUGUGUUUGUUGAUAUUGGAAUUUACCUUAUAUUAUAAAGUUUUAAAUAUUGUUUUUAUUUAUUUACUCUGUUGGUAUUUUCAAUAAUUUCUGCACACGAUUAAAGUGUCAAAAAAAUGUUAAAUAAUUAAAAUCAGCAUUGUUUAUGUUUUAAAAAUUUACAAAAUUUGCCGUUUUCUAAACACUGAAGUCAUUGUAUAUAAAACUUCAAGUAAUGUCAAACGAAACUGUCAUUUCAGAAACUCAGAAAUAAAACUACAUACAGAAUA